AACGAGUCCAGGAGACACUCGGGAACUUUACUGAGAUUUAACGAAGUGACUCGACAGCGGCAGCGAAAGCGCUACAACAAAUUAUCCGUACUACGGAACACCGAAGAGCGAGUUGAACGUUUUCACUAUACCAACAUAUAAUUUCUCGUUUUCAACUAGCGUGUUUUUUUUAAUUGUUUUGGAAGUUAAAAUGGGGAAUCUGUGGUGGUUGUUCCUCGUCGGGCUGGCAACUGGGUCAAUCAGUGGAAAACUCUUUGUCUUCUCCCAGUCAUUUAGCCCAAGUGAUGACUUAUACAUAGAGGGCCGAACAUCUGGUGACCUCCCUAUAGACGAUGAAGAUGGCGAUGAUGGUGGGUCAGGCUCUGGAUCUGGAGAUUAUGUUUCCCGUGCCCAUUCAGAUGCCGGGGAUAUGAUCCUGACGUUGCCUAGCCCCUCUAGCAAAACAGAGCAGCGUCAACCACAGCCUACAGUACACUCUCCGCACAACCCACCAACCACAGUGGCACGCAGCCAAGAUCCAGCAACUACAGCGAAGGACACUGACAUUUUCCCUGAUGGAGACAAGGGGCUUGGUGUUGGCCCAACAGCUGACUGGUUUGCAAAGGAUGCUAGUCCCAGCACCACCAAUGUGCCUCCCAGUGGCAGUACUAGAGCUGAUGGUGUAAUCAAUUCUGGCAAGGAGAGACGCCUGGAUGUGUUAAAUCCCCAAUAUGAAGAGCCUAUCAAAAAGUCUGAUGAAACUCUUACCAAAGCUGAUCGAGAAGGAUUAUUUGGUGAGAACUCUAUGGAGGUAUCCUCUGAGAACCUGCUGGAGAGAAAAGAGGUGCUAGCAGCUGUGAUAGUGUGCGGAGUCAUUGGAUUCCUCUGUGCUGUUUCCCUCUUGUCUCUCCUUGCCUACCGCAUGAAGAAGAAGGAUGAAGGUAGCUACGACCUGGGAGAUAACAAACUUUCUGCAACUGCAUAUCAAAAAGCACCCACCAAGGAGUUCUACGCCUGAACUGACUAAUAAGAACAAAGCAGGGUGGAUUUUGGCUCCUGCCUAUUAGGACUCAAAUGGAUCUAUAACCAGCUGAAGAUGAUUCUUCUUGAUGAAGUCUGAAGUAGACACAUCUGCUCCUCUCCAGUGCUGCUUCUUUGUUCUUUGUCUUUUUUUUUUUUUCUUCGCCAUUCCCAACUUCAUCCACUGCCACUUUAUCUUUCUACUUAAUGUUCAGUGUUUGUGACGAAGGGGUCAUAAAAAAAUAAAGUCAGACUGUUAAAAUGCUUUCCUGUCAUCCCAUGCUAAGGAAGGAGUAAAUACCCAUCCAAAGUUUUAAGAAUGAAAUCCUGAAGAGGAUCAUUGUAGUGUUGGCGAGUCGUCAGUGUGAAACGAUCCGACGCUGUGCCUUUAGACCUAAGAUGAACUACGCUGGACAAGAGCUGAUUCUGUGUGACCCAGAAAUUGAUUGCUCCUUUUGAUGGAUGUACAGCUGAACCAGCCCAGUUCAGCCUGGUACUAUAUUCUGUAUAAGAAUAGUAUUAAGUAUUAAGACCUUAAAAAGUUGACACUUUUUUUUUCUUUCCUCUGAGGUCAGAUUGUGGUUUUUUUUGUGUUAAAAGCUGUCUGCAUUGCUUUUUACUCUCUGUAUGCUUUCUUUGAUUUGUUUUGGCUUUUGCGCGGGGGGGGUACGUGAAUGAACAUUUUCAUAUGCUGCCCAGUAUUGCAUUGAGAGAUUUUGUUACUUUGCAGGUACAAACAUUUGUUGUUUUCACACAGGCACUUACAGAACUGACCAAAUAUAGAUGUGCUUUGUUGUUUGUAAAAAAAAAAAAAAAAAAAAUUUGUAGUACGUUUUUUGUUUUUGUUUUUUCAAUGUGUUUUUUUUUUUUAUGUUUAGAGAUUAUAUUUCUGUAAGCCAUUUUUUAAGCAAUUUGUCUUUGACUUCAUACAGUGGCAGCCUUAGUAAAACUCCCUCAGGCAUCUUUAGAACACAUGUAAUAUUUUCAGGACUUUUGGGGGGGUUUUGGUGACUGCAAGCAUGUGGACAGGUGGAGUCAAAGCUAAUGACUAUAAUUCAGAAACCAUAGAAGCGAUCAAGGUUUUCUGACAACAGCCAAAGCGCAUUCCUUUCUCACUGUCCUCUGUAUAAAGCUAUAAUAGUUGGUUUAAGGUUUAAAGGCCAGUGAGAGCAUUUACUGCUCUUUUACACUUUAGAGUUUAUCAACUUAGCAGGGUUAGAGAGUUGUUAAUUGUGUCUGUUUAACUCUAAUCUGUUUCUUUUAAGCGUAAACGUGCUUGGUUUGAAACAUGUAUUUCCUGAUUUUCAGACUUUACCUCAAGCAACAAGAGCAGCAUAGCAUGUUUUAUGGCUCCAAUGAAGAUGCACAAAGCAGAUAACGACAACAGGGUUCUAUUCCCUUUCGACAGCACAUAAGUGUGUAGACCCUUUUCAUAAACCUAUUAGGAGUUUGCCUUUUUAUGGCUUUUUAACCAGCUACCUACUGCCUGUAAUGUUUCAAAGAACACUGCUUACUGUUUGUCAUAAUAAAAAUGAAUAUUUUAAAGCAAGUAGUACAUUUGAAUGCAUUUGCAAGGUACCUAUUCACUGUGUAUAGAAUAAACAGGAAGAUGUAGUCAUUAACCCACUGUGGUGACUCUUUGUUGAUAACGUGACAUUCGUUGAGUCUUCAGUGCCUCAUGUUACAUUAUAUCCUUUGAUUUGCAGUGCGGUUGCAGUAUUAGUGUCACACUUUGAACUGUGAGCUGUACAGAACUGCAAGUUUGGAGUUAAAAUCUACUAUGCCAGUGUGGUUGAAGAGCAACUUCUGUCUGAAACAAAAACAAACCCAGAGGGUUAAUACCACAGGUUAGCACUUGUUGGCAAAGACAAAAUAACUUUUCGCUUCUAUCAUCUACAUGCAGUAUAUAUAAAAGAUAUGAUUUGUAUGUAAUAAUUUAUACUUAAUUAGACUACAAUGUAGGUAAAUAUGUCAGUCAUUAUUGGGAUUGUACAGUAUUUACUCGUGGUUGAAGCCUCUUUGUGCCUUCAGCUUGAGUUUUAUAUGCCUAUUUGUAUCUUGGUGCAUUUGAUGAGCUUUAUUGUCAGUUUCUUUAAAAGAUUUUCUAGCUUUUUUUAAAGUCCUUUUUCUAUAUGAAUGCAUCUAAAAAUUAUAAAAGUACAGAAAGUUUAUUGGGGACAUGUUGCAGUUUUAUUUUUUAUCGAAGCUGACUGAAAUCCUGGUUCUUAGAAAUAAACUACACAGGUAUGAGGACCAGCCAAUUAUCAACUUACCAAGAUGACCAAUAGAGAACUUUGUUGCUGAAAUGGUGUAUCUCAUGAGGUUCACUACUGAAUAAAAGUUGUGGCUUUAA